GCGCGGCGGCUCGGGCCUCCCCGAGGAGGCGCGGUCCGGAGUGGGCCGGGGAGCUGCUGGAAGGCAUGCGCCGGGCGGCCGAGAGCGGGGCGUACCGCCCUGGGGCCGCGGGGGUGUUGCUGUACGCGUGCCUGGCGGAGCGCGCCGGCCUGGGCCCCGAGCGCGUGCUGCGCGCGUAUAUAAGAGGAGCAACAGAACGGCGCUCUUGCCGCUGCACCGGCUCGUGGCGCUGCUCGGAGGGGUGCCGGCUGGGCGCCUGGAGGAGCUUCUGCGCAGCCCGCCUGGUGCGGGCACCAGCGGUGCCACGGCGCAGGCCGCGGUGCGGCUCCUCGCGGCGCUGGGGCUCCCGGGGCCCACGGGCGCCGAGGCGGCGGCGCAGGGCGGGCGCGCCCCUGCGGCGGCCGAGCGCCUCGAGGAGCACGCGGGAGAGCGCGCGGGGGCGCAGCACCUCGAGGAGCACGACUGGCGACCGGAGGACGUGGCCCUCGAAGCACCGCGUGCGCGGGCCCGGGGUGCCUGCAGCCCCCGGCCCCGAGGGGACGGCCACGGGGAGCCGCGGCCCGCCUCGCGGGAGGAGCCCGGGCCGGCCGAGCAGGACGCCGAGGUCUGGCGGGGCCCAGGGCUGCGCGCGGACCGCCCUCCUCUGGAGGUAGCCCAGGAGGAGGAGGAGGAGCAGUAAACGGAGGAGGAGGAGGAAAAGGGUAUUUAUACAGAUACCCUCGACUCGUUCUCGCCUUUGGGGGGCCUCCUUGGAGGCCCUCGUCACCACCGCUGGAUUCGCUUCGAUAUUCUAGCCAAGAACGCACCUUGGGAGAGUUCCGCGGAGUAGCGGGAUCGAUAUUUGUUGGCUUCUCCAG